UACCACUCAACCCCCUGAAACAACAACAUUGCCCCCAGGAACUACUACCAAACCUCCUGAAACAACAACAGGACCACCAGGAACUACAACUCAACCCCCUGAAUCAACCACAGGACCACCAGGAACUACCACUAAUCUACCUGAAACAACAUCACUUGAAACUACCAUUCAAGUGACUCAAUCCUCUGCAGCAACAACAGAAAAUGUUACAACAUUCACGACUGUCGCUACAACUUCAUUGGUUACCACUCUACCACCCACUGAAUGCGCCCCACGUGUAAUGAGUUCUCCAGCGAAUAUUUCCUACAAUGGCUGUAUACCUAUACAACCAAUUUAUUUGGAAGAGUGUGCUGGAACAUGUGACUCUAGUUACUCCAUGGAGAUUGUGGAUGGUCAGCUCAAACCACAAUCCUAUUGCACCUGUUGUCAACCUAACUCUGUUACUGAACAGUCCUAUGAGGCAUCAUGUCCUGAUGGGUCUAUUAUGACCAUUUCUGUUCCUGUUAUCACAAGCUGUACCUGUAAUCCAAUGGACUGUCCCACUAAAAUCAACUUUGCAUUGUUUUCACCAAAUUGAUUUUUGUUUUACUGUUGACCACUUUUUCUCUCUUAUGGUGAUUGGGGCUCCAUGAUCUCAAAAGAAUGGAAUUAUUGUUUAUUCACAGUAUUGCAUUUUCAACCGCAAGUGUCAGUGAUGCUCAAUGAUUAGCAAAUAAGUCUUAUGAUCCAAAGCUCUGGCAGAAUUACGUUGAUUUUGUUCUUGUUAAAUAAGAUUUUUUUUCCGAGAUUGUUUACUGUUAUCCAAUAUGAAACCUCUUCACAUUACCCAUGAUGCUUCUAGCUGUCGAUCUCUCUUGAAAAUCCUACAUAAUCUUUGUUGAAUGCAUUGUGUAUAUUGUUCCAACCUUGAAUACCUUCAUGAUGGUAUAGAUAGAUCUGUAACAAGCUGCUCAUGGAAAGAAUUCCCAAACUUAUUGAAGUAUUCUUGAAUUAUUGAUAAACCAGCUUAGAAUGAUGCAAACCCCAUGGAAUGAAACUAAAAUGUAACUCUUUUCAUUGUUCUGAGCUUUGAAUUUAAGAUUAUUUGUUACAUCCGAUUGAUUACGGAUUGAUACGUGAUAAAUAUGUUGCUUAUAAUCAUACCAACAUUAACAAGCUUACUAUGAGAGAGAUAAUAGCAAUUUCAUCAAUGGCGUAAAUCCAAGAAGUGAAGCUAUUGUUCAGGGGUGGGUGAACUAUAAUUCCAUCCCCUCACUUGAAUAGUAUGACGUCAUGGAAUUACGCUAAUGAAUGAUAUUGAUAAUGAUGAUGAUAAGUAAUAAUACUUGAUCAUUUUUUUUCCUUUAAAAAUAGUUUACUGCAUAUUGUACCUUUCAUUGUACCUAAUGUACUAGCAUACCAUACUUUACUAAUGGAUCUGUAAAUCAUUAUAAGGAAUAAAAUCAUCUCCAAAUGCAUUUAGAGUCAAAGGCAGUUCUGAUCAGAAUUCAGCAAUCUUCUGUGUGAUCUAUUCAUUAUGCGUUGUAGUUUGUUUGCUCGACCCUAUAUUAAAUAAUUUUACAAUUUAAUCCGUAGACUAAUUUAAAUGAAAAGAGGAAAGCAAUUGAAUGGUCACUGAAAUGGGAUAAGAACAAUUGCAAGUACCACAUUUUAAAACUUUACAUUUCCCCAAAGUUUGUUAACAAACUGUGUCCAGUUGAUGUUCUAAAUCAAAAUUUAUGUUUACUUUUGUCAUAUGACAUUAUAAAUAUUAAACUUUCUUCUUAGAAACAAAAAAAAAUGGUAAUAUGGUUUGCAUACUUAUGAAAUGUGUAAAUUCAUUGUUAUUAAAGAAAUGAUAGCCUUCAAAUGAGAGAUGAUGCAGAAAUGAGGAACAUUGAAAAAAAAAUCUCUGUACCUUUAAUGAUUAUGAUGGGUUAAACAAAAUUCAUGGGCCCCAUAACACAAAGGUUGGUGAUUGGUCACUAAUUUGAAAUUGGCCUAUCAAGAUCUUUGUUGCAUGCGCA